UCACCGGUUCAAUUUCGUCGAACCGGGAAGAAUUUGCUAAAGGGCCCAAUAUUAUGAAAACGAUGCCGUUUAAUAGGGAGAUUGCUUAAACGGAGUUGGUCAACAAACUUGCGAAGACCAAGCGCUGAUUACAUCCUUUAGACUUUUUACUCUUUGAUUCUUGAAACCGCAUAGACUGUAGGGGAAAAAACAUGAUGACUUGAAUUUGGAGGAGAAAAGCUGAAAUUUCGGCAAACUUCGAGGACCUGCAAUUUCUUUGAAUUUCGGAGAUGGCGGACGGAGGAGCGCCGUCGAGGUACGUUAAGUUGAGGAAGGAGCAGGCUCCGGUCGAUGACAUUAAGCCCGGCGAGCUCAAUCAGCCGAUCGAAGUCCCUCAGCUUAAUGUUCGUAAGUGCAAUGAGUGUGGCCAACCUCUACCUGAAAACUUUGAGCCUCCUGCCGAUGAGCCCUGGACCACUGGAAUUUUCGGCUGUGCUGAGGACACGGAUAGUUGCUGGAGGGGACUUCUCUGCCCGUGUGUUCAAUUUGGGCGUAACUUCGAAAAUCUGAGUGAUGAUGAUGAUACCCAUGGGACCAGGGCAUGUGUUUGCCAUGCGAUUUUUGUAGAAGGGGGAAUGGCACUGGCAGCAGCAACUGCCCUUUUUCAUGGUAUAGAUCCUCAGACAUCGUUUCUCAUUUGCGAGGGUUUGUUGUUUGCUUGGUGGAUGUGCGGCAUAUACACGGGAAACGUUCGUCAGUCUUUGCAAAGGAAAUACCAUCUCAAGAACUCGCCCUGUGACCCUUGCCUGGUUCACUGCUGCCUCCAUUGGUGUGCACUGUGCCAAGAACACCGUGAGAUGAAGAACCGCCUUUCAGACAACUUUGUGAUGCCCAUGACCGUCGUUAACCCGCCUCCGGUUCAGGAGAUGAAAGCUUCCGACACAGACAACGGCUCUGUUCCCGUUUCCCGACACAGCACCGAUCUCGAAAUGCAGCCAUUGUAGCCUCAACGUUUCCCCAUGUUCGAGGUCUUGUUUCUUCUUAGAACUAUGUUUUGCCUUGUUCAGCUGAAUAGAUUAUGUAGCAUUUGACUCAUGGAAUCGGUUCGGUUUGGUUCAAUUCCCGGUUUAGGACUGAUUUUGGAGAGAUUAAAUAUCCGGAAACGCUUAUAUACGUGACA